AGGGUCAGAAGCGUUAUCAAGCAGGAACCAGACACAGAUGUUGGAGAAUACUCCAAACCAGCUUACGAAUUUGUGUAUCAGACGGCGGAACAGUGGUGUCGAAAGAGCCAUAAUGCCUCGAAUCCAGCAGCUAUUCGUUCUGCUCUUUCAAUACGACUCAUAUGCCAGUGUCACAAAUUUCUAAUGACGCCAAUGGCAAUAUCGAUCCACUCCUUCUUUUUAUGCCAGGUACCGCGGUAUCUGUCGGAGACAAUAUAGCUCUCUCAUCACCACGUCAAAGCUUUACUAUUACCUCCCGUGAAUCGAACUCUAUAAGGGAGUCUUCUGAGGUGUGCAACAUAGUGUCGGAAUAUGAUGUGAUUGAAGUAGAGGACCCUACAAACCUCGACGAAGAGUCUCAAGCCUUAGAGGCUGGUGAGUCUAUUACACAUGUUGCCACAACUCCGAAAGCUUUUACUACCCCAGCGGACGACAAUGACUGGCUGGACCUUUCGACUAUCAGAGACACUCUACCCAGGGAGAAGCCAUUAGUGGAGUCAACUGAUGUUCUGACCUAUGAAGAUAUAGCUAUUGAGACAGGAGGGCGCAAAUGCCUUAAAGAAGAUUUUGUGUUUGUCGGCGACUCGUUAGAUCCAGACAUACGGAAUAUCCAUGAUCGCAAAGAGCUGCCCGACUCAUAUAUCAGUGGAGCUCACAGUAGUCCUGGUAACAGCCCUACUGAAGGCAUAUCUACUUCUCAUCAAGACCCAGAAUAUCAGCAGCUCAGCGAACAAGCUGUUCAGGAAACUAGGCCAUCCCCUGUGGACCCCGAGGAUAACCAGUUCGAAGUUGAGCGAGUUAUAGAUGAUCAAGUUGUCCCAGUCGGUCGAGGGAGGCGCAAGAAAAUGAUUACCCAAUACUGGGUCAAGUGGAAAGGAUAUCCAGAAGAUGAUAAUAGCUGGGUUAAUGAGGCUGAUAUGCAUGGGGAUCUCAUUAAGGCCUAUAUGGCAGGAAAGAGCUCAGAUUGAAGUUAUAUCACAUGUAAGAUCUUUGAAGGCACUCUUCGGUCGUUCCAGUACUCUUUUGUCCUCUUUUAUACAAAUCAAUUGAUUCUCG